CCCGCCGCGUCGCGCUGGAGGCGGCGAGCGACCCCCCACCCGCAGCCCCUCUCCUGGAGCAAGCUCCGGCCACAGUCGUACCAGAGCCCCAGCGGAGUGCUCGUCACCGACUUCCCCGUGGAGGACAGGUGCGCCUUCUCCGGGACUGAGCCCGCCGCCACCGGCGGCCCCUCGCCCGGCAGCCCCGCCAUGGGAUCGGUGUCCAACGGGACCGUGCGGCCGCCGGGCUCCCCCGCGCUGACUCCGGAGCGGCGCUCCAGGGUGCUCGCCCUGGCUCCGGACAGCCCCGUCGGUUCGACCGCCAACGGCACCGUCUCCUCGCCGGGCAGCGGGCAGGGCCGGCCGCGGCCGCCCAGGACUGCGGGGCUGCCCGCGCUGGCCCCGCAGCAGGAGCGGAUCGUGUUCGGAGCCAGCACCCAGCCCGCGCCGUGCCCCCGGGCCUCCGAGCCSCCGGCGGUGCCGGGAGCAUCCCCCGGGAGCGGCCGGGCUGCCGAACCCGCGGCGGUGCCGUGCACGGAGCCCCCCGCGCUGCUGAGCACGGACAGCCCCGCGGCGCGCAGGGUGGGCUCGCAGCAGCUGAUCCCCCGCAGCCUGGCCGAGAGCCGGCCCGUGGCUCGGGCCCAGGGCCACGAGCGGGUGCUCAAGGUGCGCAGCCUGGUGGAGACCCCCCGGCUGCCUCUGGGCAGCGACACCGAAGACGAGCCCGAUGGCGGCCCGGUCAGCCCGGGCGUGCUGCGGCGCGGGCUGCGCUCCACGUCCUACCGCCGGGCUGUGGUGAGCGGCGUAGACCUGGACGGCUCCGGCAACUGCAAGAAGAAAAACAGAAUGUCCCAGCCUAUCCUGAAAGCGGUGGCUGAAGAUAAAGAGAAGUUCUCGAGCCUGGGGAGGAUAAAGAAGAUACUGAAAGGACAAGGGACSUUCGAUGGGGAAGAAAACGCUGUAUUAUAUCAGAACUAUAAGGAAAAAGCUCUGGACAUAGAUUCUGAUGAAGAGUGUGAGCCCCGAGAGCAGAAGUCGGAUGACAAGGUUGUUUUUCAUUAUAAGCCCCUGAGAUCGACGUGGAGCCAGCUCUCCGUGGUGAAGAAGAAUGGAYUGUCAGAARCGAUCAGCCAGGARGAAAGGAAAAGACAGGAGGCAAUAUUUGAAGUGAUAUCUUCUGAGCACUCCUAUUUGCUGAGCCUGGAGAUUCUGAUCCGGAUGUUUAAAAAUUCCAGGGAACUGAGCCUCACAAUGACCAAAACAGAGAGCCACCACCUCUUCUCCAACAUCACGGAUGUUUAYGAAGCAAGCAAAAACCUGCAGAGACUGCUAGCCACAAAUCCAGCUUUUAAGGAGGUGUUGUCCCGGAUCGAGUCCCAUGAGGAUUGCCGGAAUUUGCCCAUGAUCUCCUUCCUCAUCCUCCCCAUGCAGAGAGUCACUCGUCUCCCCUUACUAAUGGAUACUAUUUGCCAGAAAACCCCCAAGGAUUCAGCAAAAUAUGAGAAUUGCAAGCAGGCUCUGAAAGAAGUCAGCAAGCUCGUGCGCCUGUGCAACGAGGGUGCCCGCAAGAUGGAGAGGACAGAGAUGAUGUACACCAUUAACUCUCAGCUGGARUUCAAAAUCAAGCCAUUUCCAUUGGUUUCCUCUUCACGGUGGUUGGUGAAGAGGGGCGAAUUAACAGCGUAUGUAGAAGACACUGGACUUUUUUCCAAAAGAACCUCUAAGCAGCAGUUGUACUUCUUCCUCUUCAAUGAUGUCCUCAUCAUCACCAAGAAGAAGAGUGAGGAAAGUUAUAAUGUCACCGAGUACUCGCUGCGGGAACAGCUGCUGGUGGUGCCCUGUGAUGGGGAGGAGCCCRGCUCCUCUCCCGGCAAGAACACGUCAGGGAUGCUGCACUCCGGCCGGAAUUCUGCRUCCCACCUCUUCAGACUCGUGCUCCUCAGCAACCAUGCUGGGGACAGGGUGGAGAUGCUCCUGGGAGCAGAGACUCAGAGUGACAGAGCCCGCUGGAUCACAGCACUGAGCCAGGACAGCGACGGGCACCACACGGACAGGACCACGUUGGCUCAGGUGGAGAUCAUCAGGACAUACACAGCCAAGCAGGCCGAUGAACUCUCRCUCCAAGUUGCUGAUGUCGUUUUGGUUUGUCAGAAGGUGAAUGAUGGCUGGUACGAGGGUGAGCGGCUGCGGGACGGCCAGAGGGGCUGGUUCCCCUCCGAGUGUGCCAAGGAGAUCACCUGCAGRGCCACCCUGGACAAGAACAUGGAGCGCAUGGGACGCCUGCUGGGGCUGGAAACCAACGUGUAGGCUCGUCCUGGCCCCACAGCACGGGGGCUGUGCCAGCUGGAGCCAGAACCCAGCAACAGAGCCCUGGAGCCUGGUGAUCCCUUCUCUGCUGGCAUUCCGAGAGCUCCACRCUGAACCAGCAGUGUCUUGGGCACCACUCUUCUGCAGCUCUGCCACCACUGCCUCCUYAUGCUCUUGCUCCAUCUGGUUUUGCGUAUCUGAACUGCCUUUCAGCAGUAGAGCUCUGUAGAGGACUGGGCCCCACCCCUGGAGCUGGAGGUGUCCCCGCAGUGCUACAGCCCCAGCAUUCUGGGACACUCCUGCACCGUGCCAGCAGCUUUGUGGAACCUGAACUGGAGUAACCAGCUCUGAACUCUGUAAAGGCUGACCUACCUCUCCAGUGCAAAUCCAGGAAUGGCCCUGGCCUGGCACAGGCAAGGCUGGCAGGACCUCGGGGAAGAAUCCAGAGCUGUGCCUCCAGUGGGGCUGGUCUUCAACACCAGGAGGCUGCUUAGACUGACUCCAAGUUCUGCUGUGGGGAAGGGAUUUCUGAAAGCAAGUGGAGGUACCUCAGUCUGCAAAAUAGGUGCUGCUGCUCUCUCUAAGCACAGGUAUUGUACUGGAGAGUAAUUGCUGGAAGUGGGGGCACUUUGUUUCUGGUUUCCUCAGGUGUCUAAUGAGGUCUUGCACCUCACUUAGUGCUUCAGAACAGGGGCGUGAUUGAGAAUAUAAAGUGCACUCACUGCUCUGGGAACAAAUGCACUCAAGGGUAAGCAGAGUUCAGGGCACGAGGCUGGAGAGGUGUGAGAGUCUGCAUGAUAAAAGCCCUCCCUUUUAAGGACCAGUUGCUGCCCCAGCAGCAUGGAAAUUGCUCACUAGAAAGGAGGGGACAAUUUGUAGAACCAAGGCUUUCUUCUUCUUGUCUUCCCCAUCCUCUGCAAAGGGGAUGGAUGCUGGUUUUUAUCCUGGUAAAUGCUGAUGUGAGUGGUGAGUGAAUUGGGUGUUUGUAAAGAUGUGUAGCUAACAAUUUAUACUGCAUUAGGAAUGCAGGAAUUUUGUACACAAAUACUUWCUUUGACAGUGUGACAGUGGUUUUACGGCCAUGCAAAUUAAUUUAUAAGUGGACUGAUAAAAUAUUAGAGAAAACUGUAAAUUGAACAAAGACUUAUUUAACAUAGUGAAAAUACUGCUACUGUUUUAACAAAUUUUACUGUAUACAUGCAGRUGUUUAACACAUAAAUGAAUGUAUAAAUCCAGGCAUUAAUUUUACUGGGAUUUUUAAUACAUUGUAUAUAKUUUUCAUACCUAGUUUUUCCARAAUGCUGUAAUGUUUUGUAAAGACRUUUUUCAUUUUUCCUAUUGUUGGACAGUUCUUCAAGAAUUAAAAAACUUGUAUGAUUUUAUAGGACAGCAAUCAAUAMAAUGCUUUUAAAUCCUUACUAAAAAAAAAGUUUAGAAUUGUUUUUUAAGAAAAAGCCAUAAAGCUGCCAAUUGUUAAUGUAACUUUUGUCAG